UAUUUCAGGAGCCAAUCCCUACCCAGGCAUGACAAGAGAUCAAGUCAUUGGUCAGCUGCAUAUCGGUUACCGAAUGCCAAAACCACAGUACUGCACUGAUGAACUAUAUGCCAUCAUGUGGGAAUGUUGGCAAGAGGACCCUGAAUCCAGACCGACAUUCCUGGAGUUAGGAAAAACUCUGCACAGACUAAUGACUGCACAGAAGAUUUCUAUUGAUCUGAACAAUUUUGAUGUAAGCUACAUUAAUGCCCCUGAAGAGCAGUAGAAUGCGCAAGACUGCAAAGUUCAAAGAUUUCCACGAUUAUGGUAAUUUAUGUGUGGCAUUUUUGUCACGCGCUCUAGCUAAUAACGCGUGAUGAGUCCGUGUUGAGCGUGCGUUGUCCUGACCGAAGUUGCUAAGCAACAUACUGCACGCUUCUUGUGCCAUGCUGACUUAACUGUUUAAGGGGUCCGAAAUCAGAGACUUCUGGACUGCCAAAUGUAGCGUUUGUUUCACCAACGAUGAGUGAUGUUCCAGACUAUCCACCGGUUUUAAAUUGCGCAGGAACUGUCCUCAUCCGCCCUUUUAGAUCUGAUUAUUAGCCGUUUUGGUGAAUACUACAACAAUUAUCUACCUCAGUGGAGAAACAGUGACAGAUAUCCAAUGAUAUGCACUUUCACUUCGACAUAUUUUUGGAAUUAUUUAUUUUGUCGAAAAAGUGCUAAAUGGAUACAACUAAGGUACGUUAACAGAUGUAUUAUUAGGAACAUUGCUUAGUUUUCUACAUUACGUCUCAAACGUUACCUAACCAGUGGCUCAAUGAAAGAGAUAAGUGUGUUUCUUUUAAUUUAUUGAGCUACAUUGACCACGUAGAACCUGACGUAAGAAGGAACUCUCUAGUUCUGUCGAUUUUUUCUUAAUUUGAAUAGUAACUACAACUUUUAGUAUUUUUGAAGAUUGUUAUUCAAAUAUUUAACAGUGUUAGUGUAGCUGU